AUGUCCAGGGGAAAACAAUAUAAAGACCGUCUCGCAGCUUGGCAUAUCCGCAAAAACAUCAAGACCAAAGCAGUCCAAUCCAUGAUCCGAAAGCAGCAGAAACGACUUGCUCAGGGAAAGCAAACCGCCUUUCGGGAUUCUAUCGGCUCCAAUCGCAUUACAGGCUCUAUCAGUCGAUACGGCACAGAGUGGGAUAAAAGACCUCGCGAUAAAUACCGUGCAGAGAGUCCAGAACCGAGAACUCCAUCUGAUAUGAGUUGCUACACUCCGGAGCCCGAUGAUAGAGGGGCAACCUUGACUCCUUUGCCCGAGAUACAGUCAGAACACCGUGAGAUAACCCUCUCCUGCACUAAACUCAACGACGUGCAUCCUAUGCCUUAUAAAGAAUCCAGCAUAAUUAAGUUGUAUAGAUGA